CCAGGUCUUUGAGAGGUGCAGUCGUUUUUAUUUAAAAAAAUGCGGAUAGAAUAAAAAAAGUGUAAAACAUUGUAUAAAUAGACGUUAGUGAUUAAAAUAAUAAACAUUCUUUAUGUAUAUUGAUUGUAUCGUUUAAAUAAAACAAUUCUUCGGUUUGUGGCACCUUGAGAGCGGGUUUUUUUUAAUCGUAGGUUUUUCCUCGUUUUGUGUUUGCAAGAUGAGUUUGACUUUUUGUUUCGUGCUUUUUUUAGCGAUAUGCACACAGCAUACAAUAUGCCAGACAUAUUUGACUUCCGAUAUUAUACAAGAGAUCUUCGGCGAUGGAACACAUACACCGUCAACCCAGGAAGGACAAGUUCCGGCGUUAUCACCGUACAACAACACUCUACAAGACACCGACUAUUCUGAUACCACCGACAACUAUAAUCCCGCACCGGCUGAUUUUGACAGAUUCGAUUGGACUCUUACAAAGCGUGUUGCCGCAUCUGCAGAUAAUAACUUCCUUCUAUCACCUCUGGGCUUGAAGCUAGCGUUGGCCAUUCUGACUGAGGCGGCUACUGGCGCGACGCAAGCGGAACUGGCAUCUGUGCUAGGCUUUGAUCUCGACAAGGCUCUAGUAAGGAAGAAAUUCGCUAGUAUAUUGGAUUCCCUGCAGACGAAAUCCUCUAAAUAUAUACUUAACAUGGGAAGCAGAAUAUACAUCGGUGAAAAUGGUGAACCGCGUCAGAGAUUCGCUGCUAUCGCAGAGAACUACUACAAGACUGAGCUGGUCAAGAUUGACUUCAGCAAACCAAUUGUGGCGGCCAGUUCUAUCAACUCCUGGGUCGCUAAUACCACACAAGGACGACUACCAAACCUAGUGAAUUCAGAUGAUGUAGCAAACAUUGCUUUGUUGGUACUUACCACGCUGUACUUCAAGGGCACAUGGGUCCAUCAGUUCACUCCUAACGAGACCACAGCUCAAAACUUCUACGUCACGGCGAAAGACACUAAACCGCUUGAGUUCAUGAACGUCAGGAACAAGUUCUAUUUUACGGAAUCGGCAAAAUUUGACGCUAAGAUUCUCAGAAUGCCGUACUUGGGUAAAAAAUUCGCAAUGUACAUCGUGGUACCUAAUACGUUAACCGGUUUGCCGCGAGUCUAUAACAGCCUAAGUGAACUGCGCGUUGAAAUGUACCGCCUGCAGCGACAUCUCGUCGACGUCUCCCUGCCGAAGUUCAAGUUUGAUUACACUUCCAUCUUAGACGGCAUUCUUAAAGAGUUGGGUAUUCGUCAAGCAUUCGAAGACACCGCGUCAUUCCCCGGCAUUGCGCACGGCCAGCUGGAGCGGAUCAAGGUUUCCAAGGUGUUGCAGUGCUCCGGAAUAGAGGUCAACGAACUGGGCAGCACGGCUUACUCCGCUACUGAAAUCACACUCGAAAAUAAAUUCGGCGAAGAGGAAUCCUUCUACGAAUUGGUUGCGAACAGACCGUUCAUGUUCUUCAUACAAGACGAAGAGACCAGGCAAUUGUUGUUCACAGGAAGAGUCUCUGACCCAAGCAACGCCGACAGCGCCUUAAGACUUGGUUCGGACACUCUCGGACACGGACACGAACUACAGAAGGCCGUAAUGGCAGGGUCAUACCAUCCUGUCAUUUUAUCGCUGAUUUGCUUUCAACAUCUAGAAUGUCUUACUGGCGGGAAACCGCAAAUAUCUCGCUUCAAUUUCUUUGACACUGAUCUUCUUCAAUACGAAGCUGAAGAUAAAAAAGGCAAUGUGGUGGUGUCACCUGCAAGUAUUAAAUCCAUUUUGGCAAUGCUAUUAGAAGGAGCGGCAGGUGAUACAGCAAUUGAAAUAAGAAAUGCUUUAAGGUUGUCUCCUGAUAAAGAUGAAUUUAGGGAACAGUUGAAUGCUUAUCUUUCAGUACUUAAGGUAAAUGAUUCUGAUGUAACUCUACUGAACUCGAAUGCUAUAUUUGUAGCACCUAAAGUAAGCGUAAGAAAGGAAUUCAUAAUAAUGCUGUAUAAUGUAUAUUUGACUGAAGUUCGUGUUGUUAAUUUCCGUGAGCCGGUGCCUACUGCAGAUUUGAUAAAUACCUGGAUCCGUAAUAACACUAAAGGACAUAUCAAUAAUUUAUUGGAGCCUGAGCACAUCGAUCCCAUGUCAGAGUUGCUGUUAGCCAAUUCGUUGUAUUUCAAGAGCAAUUGGCAGCACUCGUUCAAUCCUCAGCUGACACGGGGCGCUUGCUUCCGAAGCCGUGGCAACUGUCAAACAGUCGCUAUGAUGGAGCUCCAGGCUGGGCUCAACUACGCGUAUGUGGAUGAUUUGAGAACGCAUGCCCUCGAAUUGCCUUAUGAGAAUGGUCGUUAUUCAAUGUUCCUGCUGGUACCAUAUGAACAAGACGGCGUGACCCAGCUGCUUAGAGAUCUGCCAUAUUUCAGUCUGCCACAGAUUGCCAGCCUUAUGGAGGAGACGGACGUCCGAUUGCAAAUGCCCAAGUUCACCAUUAACUACAGCAAUGAUAUGGCUGGAGCUUUGAGAGCGAUGAAGAUCAAAUUACUGUUCACCAAUAAAGCGGAUCUCUCGGCCAUGUUCAACAGUUCGUCCCUAGUUAACAACAUAUUCCACAAAGUGCACAUAGCUGUUGACGAAACUGGUACGGUUGCGGCUGCAGCUUCCUCCGCUAUGGUGAUACCGCUCAUAGAGAACGGUGUCCAAAUCCGUGUGGACCGCCCAUUCCUCUUCUUUAUAAGGGAUAAUAAAUUAGGCUUGGUGCUGUUCGAAGGAAAAGUCGAGGAACCGACUCCUUAUGUGGAACCGAAACCUGUAACACCGAAUGUAACUGACACUUAUAUUGUUCCUGAAAAAGUGUCACCUUCAGAAAGAAAAUAUAUGCCGAAAAACUUCAUAAGACGACUGUUUGGUUGAUUCGAAGUACUUUGUACUACAAUAAUACUCAGCUGUAGU